CGUUCGGCGCCGACGAAUUUAUUAAUUAUCACCGAUACGCAUUUGUCGGAUGGAUCUGAUGGUCUUUAUUCAACUGAGAAUAAACAUGAUGAUAUCAGGAAAAAUCAGGUGUUAAAAUAUUUUAGAUGGCACCACUCAGCAGCACCACUCUGUUUUGUGUGCCGGUAUUACAAAAUAAUAAUAAAUAAUAAUAAUUUUUUCUCCAGCCUAUUCUCUGCCGUUGUCUAUGGUCAGUUCUAACCCUACCUGCAAGGAUUUUUUUUUUCCUUUCCACGUGGACUGGUAGCCAUAAACAGCCUUAUUCACAAGUCACUGUGUUUUUUUUUAUAUAGUUUGCCAGUUUAUCACACAAAAAUCUAUUUAUUGUUUAAAUAAUUAGUAUUAAUAACUGGUAAAAAAUGAGUGGAAUUUUGAGAAAUACAUUGCGUCUUGUUGGCACAGCUAAAUAUGCUCCAAAUAAUUCAACAAAAUAUUUACAAUCCAUGACACUCUCAACAAGUAACUUAAAUAAUUCAUUGUCAUCUCUAGCUGAACGAAUAUCAACUGAUUUUCGGAUAUUCAAACGGAUUGCUGGAAGACAAAUAUUAUCGUUAUUUGCUAAACAAGAGAUAAAAACAGCAGAUUUUGGUGGUCUUCACGUAUCACUUAGUAGUGGUACAGUAGGAUUAAUAACGCGAGAAAAACAUAAACAUUUAAUUUUCCCUCCUGUAUUCACCACUGAACUUAACGGAAGACCAAUUGAACCUGAAAGCAAUAAAAAUAAUGCUAAAAAGAAGACAUUGUCGUUUUCAUUAGGUAAAUGGAAUGUAUCAUGUAAUGGUCAUGAAUUAAAAUUCAAUGUAAACGAUAGUGAUGAAAUUUUUAUUUUGACACACGCAGUUCACGUUGAUGCUUACAGAAGCCGACCUGAACGUUUGGAAAACGGUGGUUACAGGUCCAUGAGAAAAGUAUAUUUUUUUGAUGAUGAAAUUAUAAGUUUUCCCGCUAAAAUAAUAAUAUCAGAAUCAGAAGGGUCGAAACCUUUAAUAGAACAUGAAAUCCUAUCUGAAAAUAUACCACAUUCUCCAAACAUCAAACACCACAUGGAUUACGGCGUUGUCUUACCAAAAUACUUAGAUGUAGAAAAUAUAGAUGAUGAAAUAACUGAUAAACCAAAUAAAUUUGGAGAAAUGAAACUUAAAUUUCCAAUGAUUGUGUCACUUGAAGGAAAUCAGGAAAAAUUAGAAUUCAAAAAUAUUGAUGAUACUUUAACUGUCAGUCACUCAGUUAAAAUUCAAACUUACAAGAAUGAAUUGCGUAAAAAUCUGAAAAAUGAAAUUGUGGAUGAAAAAAAAUAUAAAGCAUCAAAAGCUGGUAAACUUCUAAUACAACUUGAAAGCGGUGAAUUAGCCACUACAACUCAUACUGAUCAACGCGUAAUCAUCAAAUACGAAGUCAACAUUGAAAUUGACUUGGAUAGUGAAGUACCAAGUAUUCUUAUUUGCCCUAUUGUAAAAAAACACAUGCGCCUAGCGGUUAAGUAGUAAUUAUUAUUUUUCUUGUCUUUUAA